UUCCAAGGGCAGUCAUGAUGCUCUCCUGGCUGAACCAGGUCCCACUCCUGCUGGCGGUGGCCUGGGGGCUGGGCGGUCUGGAGACCCCCGCAGAGGCCAGUCUGUGCUAUGAGAUAUUUGACGACACCUCCGGAUCCUGCCAGCAGUUGCUAGCAGAUGGGAUAAGUAAGGAGGACUGCUGUCUCAACCAUCAGUAUGGCUUCCGGUUGCAUAAAGACGCCCCUUGUGAAGCCUGCCACCGAGCUGCCUGGAAUGAAUGGUCCCCAUGGACUCCCUGCUCCGUUUCCUGUGGGGAAGGGACCCAGCAGCGCAGCCAGGCAUGCUACGGCCAGGGCGACUGUGGGGAUCAAGGCCCUCGCCGGUGGGAACUGAAACCCUGCGGCUUGGACGCUUGCUGUCCUGUGAUGGGUGGCUGGUCUGAAUGGGGGCCCUGGGGCCCUUGCUCAGUGACUUGUCUCAAGGGGGUCCAGACCAGGGAGCGGACCUGCACCAAUCCGGCACCGGUAUGUGGAGGCACCUGCCCAGGAAACAACAUUGAGACGCGUUCUUGUGACACCCAGCAGGUCUGCCCGACCCAUGGGAACUGGGGGAGCUGGGAGCCCUGGGGGGCCUGCUCUGCCACUUGCAUCUCCGAAGGCUCAGGCGUGAAGCCCAGUAAACAGCGUCGGCGUCAGUGCAACAACCCUGCCCCUUCCAUUAGCCCACCCGGCGACUACUGUCCAGGAAAUGACCGAGAGUUCCAAGAAUGUGCCGGACUACCCUUCUGUCCACAGCAUGGCAACUGGGGAAACUGGAAGCCUCUUGGUGACUGCUCAGUGACCUGUGCAGUCGGCCGGCAACUGGAGAAGCGUCUGUGUGACAGCCCCGCACCGAAGCAUGGAGGGCAAAGCUGCCAUGGGUCAGACACUCGAAGUUUUGGCUGCAACACCAGGGUGCCUUGUCCAGUGGAUGGACAUUGGAGUGAGUGGACCGAGUGGGGGCCCUGCACCAGGCAUACCUUCGCUGGGAAGAUCGAGUGCCGCCCGAUCUUCGGACUUCAGAGCAGGUCCAGAAAGUGCAUUGACCGGGCCCACGACGGGAAGCCCUGCGCCGGGGCCCGCAGUGACAUGAGAAACUGCUACAAUAUAAAUAUGUGCAUCUUGGACGGCACCUGGACAGACUGGAGUCCCUGGAGUCUGUGUGAGCCGCCUUGUGGGGAGAGCCCAAUGAGAUCUCGCAAAAGGGAAUGUGAGCCCAUCUACCCUGAUUACCCGAUGGAUGUUCAAGGCAUUGAAGGCUCUGGGAAGAUGCUCAACACCAGUUUCUCGGGGAAGCCAUGGCCCAAGUGCGACCCUCUGGAAGGGCAGAGGCUGCGGCUGGUGGAAAAGGCACCGUGUCAAAAUGUGCUGCCUUGUUUAGACUGAUUUUGUAGGAGGAAAUGCUGUGGAUUUUUAGCUGUGGAUAUUUCUACAGUGCGGGAUACAAGAAGUGAAGGAUGCUGUGCCACCACUAUUUUUGCUUCCUGUGGCUUUUGUAGAUUCCCCCAUGACUUCCUUCCUCUUACUGAAAUGGUCACCCUGGGACAUGCCCUCUCCAACCGAAUUGUCAGUAUAUUAAAUUUUGUAUAAUGUACCGGA